AUGUCGCCGCAGACCACGCCACUUGCCUCGCUCGCUCUUCAGAACGAGUCUACGGCUCUGCCCUCCGCUCGAGGCGUUCCUACCCAGCCUCACCUUGUGUGCGGCGGCGAUGUCGAGAGUUCAUCAUCACCCAAGAUUAAUUCCAAAGGCGACGACGGCCCGCACGGCUCAUCGAGUCUGAGCUUUUCGUGCCAGGCAUCGAUGCGCGAUGCACCAGCCAUUUUGACGGCCAGGCAAGAGGCUACCAGUAUCGGCAUGUCCAGACCCACGAAUUACGAGUGCUUGGCCCGAUCUUUCCUAGCCGAUGGCAAGCCGGUUCUUUGCCUUCGCCUCUUCAAUUUCAUACCCAAGUUGGGCAUCCGGGAAGAUGAUGAGAUGCUUGAUUUGCGAUAUGCCGUCAACUUUGCGGGCGCGUGGCAUCAUUUGACGAACGCGCCGGCUCCGGCUUGA